AUAGUUCUCUCCCGCCAGAAAUAAAAUUACACAUUCUCAUAAUUAGUCAAUUACACUGCCUGAUGUUGGUGUGAUUACGUUUUUUCCUCUUCGGUGAACAGUAUUUGGAGAGGGUUGCGAAGUGGAGCGUGAAGUGAACAAGAGGUAGGAGGGGAACUUUCUGGAAUCGAACGCAGCCUUAAAAGUUGCUUUUUCGCGUUGCAUGCUGGCGACAGUACAGUUCAAGUAAGAUUCGUUUCUCUGGUAAAUUUGGCUUGUGACAUCGAGAGAGAUGAGCCAAGGCGGACCUGUGGACGAUUCUCCUGCAUACCUUUUAGAUGAUCCGCCAGCUGACACUAAUAAAGGCCACCCCCCAGCCCAGCCAGGCAUGCUGUCCAGGGUGGCAGGAGGCCUCUUCAGUGCCACCAGGGGGGCCGUGGGGGUCACAAUGGGCAGUGUGGCCUGGAUUGGAGGGAAGAGUCUGGAUUUGACCAAGACGGCGGUCACCUCCGUGGCCUCUGUACCCGGAGUGGGAGUGGGGUUGGUCAAAGGGAGUGUGUGUGCUGUGGCCGGGGGGGUCAGCGCAAUUGGCUCAGCUGUGGCCAGUAAGGUACCCUUCGGAAGAGGAGCCAACAAAAAGGACAAGUCAGACUAAGUGGGCGAAGAAUCAUCAUGUCUGAUGCUCUGUCUAUGUUCUUCUGAAGUGAAAAGGCAACUGAAGGACAUUGAGGUUGGCUUUAUGAACCUCACCCUAUUUUGUGGCCUGGCCACCACAGGUGCAUGGGUCUUCUUACCCAGUACUGCAAGGACAACCAACCUCUGGUCUGUAAUUCACAAUGCAAAGUUGGAGCUCCAACUGAGGUUUGAGGUUGGUACGUUAUGCAAAAGGAUUGAUUAUUGUGUUGGAGGCCACUGCUCAUCCCAUCCACAGGCUCCUGGAGGAGAGAAUCAGCCGUAGGAGGAGAUCGUAUAUUCACAGUCUAAGUGGUUAUCUGUGACUUGAUGGGGAAAUUCUGCCCACCACAUGCUGGUCUAUAAUGAUCGGUAAAUGAUGCCAGGUUUCCAAUUAGGUUUAGAGUUGGAGCCACAGGAAUGCAGGGUUAGAUUGAAGAGGAGAGUUGUCACGCUGGAAAUCUGAAGUUAGAUCUUCAAUGAUACUAUUACAUUAAAAUUGUUUCUUUGAGAAAAGUUACUAAGUUAAAAAGCUUUUACUUAUUAUUUUGUAAAUGGACCUGAAUCUAUGUGGUGAGAUACAGAGGAACAGCAAUGUUUUCAAUUGUGUGGUCCUUACAACCUUAUUGACAGUUGAAAUCAUCUAUUUUAUGUCCUGUAAGUGGGUGUGUGAUGGAAUUGUUUCAUAUAUUCAAUUAGGUUUAGAAAAGUAAUGUUUAACCAUAUACUGCUUCACUGUAUUAUAUUAUAAGGUUUGUUGAAGUUAGUGAUAUACUGUGCCAUCACUUGUGGAAUGUGUUUUCUUGGUCAGGAGGACAAGCUGGUUGAUCUAUGCAGGGGAAGAGUUAGCAAGCAGGUGACACCUCUUACCUCAGUGAAGACAGACAUGGAGGGAACCAGACAUGAGGUUGGUCACCUGAGAUGGUGACCAGUCUAUUGUGGGGGAACUCAAUAUCAAAGCUGAAGAUAGCUUAGGCAUCAGAACCUGGGAGACGCUGUUGGGGCGUGUGCUACUUUUGAUCCCAUCUGAUUUAUGGCCAGAUGGUUUUGUGUAUUGCCUGUUGUUUGUGUGUUAAGAUGGUUGUUUCUGUGUUCAAUUGUUUGAUCGAUAAUAAAUACGUAUUUGAAUGAUAUCUAACCUAGUGAACAAGUAAUCUAGUUUAUAUUAUGCAUUAAUCCUUCAGACUUUCUACCACAGUGAGUCACUUGGGUAUUAGCAGAUGGAGUCCUGUACGCUACCAAUUGUAAGUGUUCAAUCUAAUUCAUUCAAAUACCACAUUUGUUAAGGACUGCAAUGAACAAACGUUAGCUGUCCAAACUACUGUUACUUAUGUCUGAUAUUGUCAUGGUUAAUAUGUUACUCUGCCCAAAGUGUACCAAAAAUAUAUAGUAAGAUUUAACUGAUGUUUGGUAGGAGGCAGUGGCGUAACUGUAGGGAGUGCAAGGAGUGCAGCUGCACUAGGGCCCGUGGCGAAAGGGGGCCCGUCCUCGAUCUCACCGUAAAAGUGAGACAACCUGACCGUGCCCCUUAAGGCAAUCUGACCGGGCCCCUUGCACAGCUGUAAUACUGCACAUUGUAGAUCACAUAUGAUCCACUCUUAUCAAUUCGCAAAUAUUUCUCAAUUAUGGUGUCAGUUAUUCAGAAUUACGAGCUAUCAUCUGUCCAAUAAACAU